AUGUCAAACCAUAAGAGCACAGAGUCAGCCAUAAAGAAUCUGGAAGUCCAGGUGGGACAACUGGCUAAGCAAUUGGCAGACCGUUUGUCCACCAGCUUUGGAGCUAAUACUGAGAAAAAUCCAAAGGAGGAAUGUAAUGCUAUCAUGACUAGAAUCAAAUUGGUGACCAUGAAUGAGAGUGAGAAUGGAAUAGGUGCAGAGAAACAACAGCUAGUGUCUAACCCAUCACUUGACACUGUGGUAGAGUCUUUGAGUGAAUCUGAAGAAGAGUUGGAGGUAGAAGAUGAGAAGAAGGAGACAACAAUAAAACUAGAGAUCACAAUGCCUUUUGGAAAAGCUCUCCAACAAAUGCAACUCUAUGCUAAGUUUCUUAAAGACAUGCUAACUAGGAAGAAUAGGUAUAUCCACAGUGACACUAUAGUUGUGGAAGGAAAUUGCAGCGCUGUUAUUCAAUGUAUCCUACCACGAAAGCAUUCAGAUCCAGGAAGUGUCACAAUACCAUGUUCUAUCGGUGAGGUUGCGGUAGGCAAGGCUCUCAUUGAUUUGGGAGCCAACAUUAAUUUGACGCCGCUCUCCAUGUGCCGGAGACUUGGAGAGUUGGAGAUAAUGCCUACUCGGAUGACCUUACACUUAGCUGAUCGCUCCAUCUCCAGACCCUUCAGAGUGAUUGGAGACGUUCUGAUUCAAGUCAAGCAUCUUAUCUUUCCUGCAGAUUUUUUGGUUAUGGAUAUAGAGGAGGAUCUUGAAAUUCCCAUAAUUUUGGGACGUCCUUUCAUCUCCACCGCCAGCUGUAUAGUAGAUAUGGGGAAAGGAGAAUUAGAACUGAGUGUGGAGGAUCAGAAAAUUUCAUUCGACUUAUUUGAAGCAAUGAAGCACCCAAAUGAUCAGAAAGCUUGCUUUGAUGAGGAGAAAGUAGAAAGGGAGAUAGAAUUAGCAGCUAUAGCCAUGGUUUGUAUUAAAGAGUUAGAGGGUGCAGGGGAAAAUGCUGAGAGACAUAUUGUAUUUGAAGAAUUGAAGAACAGUGGACAAAUAGAAAAACCCAAAUUGGAAUUGAAGACUUUGCCUACACAUUUGAAGUAUGUAUUCUUAGAGGACAAUGAAGCCAAACUAGUCAUCAUUAGCAGCUCUUUGAAGAAAACAAAAGAGGAUCAACUGGUGCAGAUUUUGAAGAAGCACAAAGCAGUGAUUCGAUGGCACAUCUCUGACUUAAAAGGGAUCAGUCCAUCUUACUGCAUGCACAAAAUUAAUAUGGAAGCUGAUUACAAGCCAGUGAGGCAGCCCCAAAGAUGA